AUGCCGGCUCACCGCACCCACCAGCGCUGCUGGAGCAGCCUCCCCAGCCCCAGUGCCCGUGAGGCUGCUUCCAUGUAUAGUACGGCUGUGGCCAUCUUCCUGGUCAUCCUGGUGGCUGCACUGCAGAGCUCAGAGCCACCGGAGCACCCAUUCCCCUACCACAUCCCCCUGGACCCCGAUGGGAUCAUAGAGCUUUCGUGGAACAUCAGCUAUGUCCAGGAGAUCAUCCACUUCCAGCUCAAGGUGCGAGGGCUGAGGGCUGGGGUUCUGUUCGGAAUGUCAGAUCGAGGUGAGAUGGAGAAUGCUGACCUCAUCAUCCUCUGGACUGACGGGAACAGACCCUACUUUGCGGAUGCCUGGAGUGACCAGAAGGGGCAGCUCCAUCUGGACACCCAGCAGGACUACCAGCUGCUCCAGGUGCAGAGAACUCCUGAUGGCCUGUCCUUGCUCUUCAAGAGGCCCUUUGUCACCUGUGACCCCAAGGAUUACCUCAUUGAGGAUGACACUGUCCACCUCGUGUAUGGGAUCCUGGAGAAGCCAUUCCAGUCACUGGAGGCCAUCAACAUCUCAGGCCUGCAUACGGGGUUGCAGCGCGUGCAGCUUCUGAAGACUGAGGUCCCCACUCCAGACAUGCCUGCGGAUGUACAGACCAUGGAGAUCCGGACCGCUAACGUUGUCAUCCCUGACAAUGAGACCACAUACUGGUGCUAUGUCACUAAGCUGCCCACAAACUUCUCACGACACCACAUCAUCAUGUAUGAGGCCAUUGUCACCGAGGGCAAUGAGGCCCUGGUGCACCACAUGGAGGUCUUCCAAUGUGCAUCUGAGUUUAAGACCAUCCCCAGCUUCAACGCACCCUGUGACUCCAAAAUGAAGCCUAAUCAACUCAACUACUGUCGCCAUGUGCUGGCUGCAUGGGCCCUGGGGGCCAAGGCAUUUUACUACCCAGAGGAAGCUGGUGUUGCCUUUGGGGGCCCGAACUCUUCCCCGUAUCUCCGACUGGAGGUUCACUAUCACAAUCCAAGGCACAUACACGGACGGCACGACUCCUCUGGCAUCCGCCUAUACUACACAGCCACUCUCCGGAAAUACAAUGCAGGCAUCAUGGAGCUGGGCCUGGUGUACACGCCCGUGAUGGCCAUCCCUCCUCAGGAGACUGCGUUUGUCUUGACUGGCUACUGCACGGAUGAGUGCACCAGGGUGGCGCUGCCAAACACUGGAAUCCACAUCUUUGCCUCCCAGCUCCAUACACACCUGACUGGCAGGAAGGUGAUCACUGUGCUCGCCCGGGGUGGCCAAGAAAGUGAGAUCGUGAACAGAGACAACCACUACAGCCCCUUCUUCCAGGAUAUCAGAAUGCUGAAGAAGGUUGUGUCUGUCUUGCCGGGGGACGUACUCAUCACUUCUUGUACAUACAACACAGAAGGCAGGAAGCUGGCUACUGUGGGGGGGUUUGGAAUCUUGGAGGAGAUGUGUGUCAACUAUGUGCACUACUACCCCCAGACAGAUCUGGAGCUCUGCAAGAGUGCCGUCAAUGACCGCUACCUCCAGAAAUACUUCGACCAGGUGAACAGUUUCAGCAAUGGGGAGGUCUGCACCUGCCCUCAGGCCUCUGUCCCUGAGCGGUUCAGCUCCGUGCCCUGGAACUCUUUCAACCGUGAGAUGCUCAAGGCGCUGUACCGCUUCGCCCCCAUCUCCAUGCACUGCAACAAGACCUCAGCUGUCAGCUUCCAGGGUGAGUGGAAUCUAAAGCCUCUGCCUGAAAUCACAUCCACACUGAAAGAACCCACCCCGCACUGCCCCACCCACCAAGCUGUGAGCUGCACUAACUCCACCAUGGUCAGCAUCCAAUGGGGCAGAGACUAA